GCUCGAUCCGAUUUUAUGAAACGUACACUCCCAACUAAACCGGCAGCGGAUAAUGAUGAACGCGUGUUUCAACGGAAACGGCGUCGAUCUGUCCCGUUCCUACCUAUUCGAGGUCACCGGAGAUUCAUCGGAUGUCGAGUCUUCGGUUCUACACCAGGAUUCGGUGGUGGUUGAGGACGACGAUGCGCAGUCAUGUAGCGGCCGUAGCAUUAUCGGGGAGGUUGACGACGAAGACCACCGCAGCGACGAUUGCCCUGAUCAAGAGCUUAUUAAUCCUAUUUCCAGUUGUUUGAGCCCAGCCCAACAUGAAAUCCUGGAUCCGCCCCUGAGGAUGACAAUGAUGAGGACGAGGACGAAGUAAAUCAACGGUGGGUGUUGAGCAUGAAGAUUGGGCAAAAGAUCUGGCCGUUGGGAGUUAGGGGGGCAAAACCGACCAGAAAAACAAAGGUUUGUAAUUUGGAGAUGAUUAGUGAAAAGGAGAGGGAUAGGCUCUUCUGGGAAGAUUGUUUAUUGUCCUAAUGUACGUAUACGUAACACUAUUAAUUACUCUUUUCCCUUUUAAUUGGUCUUCG